AUUUUGAAUUUGAAUUGAUAAUUUUGAUAUUCGAUCAUGUUCGCAUUGAAAUUCCUCAAUUAAUUUAAUUUCUCAUCGAUCAAAUUUGUAUUUUCUAGGAAUCCAAGGAUCAAUAUUCUAGUUUACAUUGUAAUGUACCGAUAUACUUAAAGAUGUACUUACGAAUAUUAUUAUUUCUCCACAUAUGUGCGGUAUUUUACGUCGUCCAGUGGCCCAUCGCAGUGGACAGCUGUAAUGAAGCUGUCUGUGCUAGUAUAGUUAGUAAAUGUUUAAUUACUCAAGCUUGUAAAUGCGAUCUGAAAAACUGCUCGUGUUGUAAAGACUGUUUCAAUUGCCUGAACCAUCUCUGGAACGAAUGCUGCUCUUGCGUUGAAAUGUGCCCGAAACCCAACGUCACUAAAAGCGGUUUGAGUAAAAUGAGCCAUGUAGAAGAUCUACCCGACCCAAUUCCUACUCUAUUUCAUUCUUUGGUAGUAGAAAACGAUGAUAUGGAAAGAUGGUAUUCGUUGACAUUCCCCAUUGAUAUGAAUCCCGUCGCUUACAGACCGGAGAUAAAAAAAGAUCCAGCUACGAUGAUGCAAACCAACGAACAAGAGGUCGAUCCUACCAAAGAUAUCGUAACAUUUAAUUGCUCUGUAGCAUUUAUGGCUUCGUGCAUGCCUUGGAACAAAUGCCGAGCCUCGUGUCAGUCCAUGGGAGCUAAUAGUUAUCGCUGGUUUCAUGACGGAUGUUGCGAGUGCAUCGGAGAAAAAUGCCCGGAUUAUGGAAUCAACGAGAGCAAGUGUGCUCAGUGCCCAUCACCCGUAAUCGUUCUACCUGACGCCGAACUGGAUUUUGGUGAAGAUGAAUCGCCCGAUGGUUUAUAGCGAAACCGUUGACCGUUGAUCUGACUACGGUUGUGAAAAACAUCACGAUUUAUUAGUUCGAAAUCUAAACCAUCUCGUUUUACUCGUACCUGCGUAUCCGUUUAUUCCAAUUUUGAGAAACAUGAGUAUUAUUUUACGUAUUUUUUAUAUUAUUUUGUUCGGAUCGGAUCUUCUACAGAUAAGUAUCAAGAAGAUUCGAGAUUUUGUAUAGUGAUUAUCAUCGAACGGUUUUUGGUUCCGUUUUGGAUUUUAUUAUUAAUUGUGCCAUAAUUUCAUUUGUCUACUUAGGGGAAAAUUUUAUCAAAAUAAUGUGCCUUAUUUUUUAAUGUGAAAUUUCAUCUUUUUCGCGUGAAAUUUUCAUGCUAUCUACUCGUAUGUUGUCUUCCAUUUUGUGAUAGAUCUUCGAUUAGUAUUUUUAAUGAUUCCACUUACAAUUUUGCUCUUUUUAUUUUUGGUUGAUCGUUAACUUGUUUCUUUCGUGUUUUCUCAGCUUACCAGUAUUUUUCAUUCUUAUUUUUCUCAUGUGGUUUAUUGAAUUUGAUUAUUUUAUGUGUAAGUAGUGUGCCAUGACUAUCUUUGUACGUUCUCAUUUUGUAGAUGUUGAUUUAAGUAUAUCAUUUUUGGUAUAGUAAACAUACACGUUGGAAAAUGUUA